AUGUCUCCGUGGCAACGGGUUGUGUCCCCAUGUUUCUGUGGUAACGGGGUGUGCCUGGCGGGGCGGUGUCUCCGUGGUAACAGGGUGUGUCUGGUGGGGUGGUGUCCCCAUGUCUCCGUGGUAACGGGGUGGGGUCGAGAGUGGUUCUCCUUCUCCCUGUCUCCAUGGCAACGGGGUGUGCCUGCUGUGGAUCAAGCAACCUUCCGGAAGAGGCUCUGCCAGAUCCUGAGGAAGCACCCUUUCUACCCGCAUGUUGUACAGGAGUUUGUCAGUGGUUUGGAGUCUCACAUUAAGGACAGAGACCAGUUCAGGAACUGCCUUCUACCUUGUGCUCCAGUGCGAGGCGAGGGUACAAGAAAUUUGGUUCAUUCGUACAGUGAAAGCCUUAUUAAACUACUUCUUGGAAUUGAUACCUUACAGCCUGCUGUUAUAACACUCUUACUGGAGAAGCUCCCUGAGUUCUUUUUUGACACGGUGGGCACCUUUGGAACCAAUUUCCCCCGGCUUAUUGUCAAUCAGUUUAAAUGGCUUGACAGAAUACUUGACAGCAAGGAUCUUGUCAUGAAAUUAAUGCAGAUGGUUAGCAUUUCUCCGGCACCAAUCCAGCAUGAUAUUAUCACCAGCUUGCCCGAGAUCCUGGAGGAUUCCCAGCAAAGUGAAGUGGCCAGAGAGGUUAGCCAGCUGUUAAAACGGGACCCUCGCCUAACUGUUCCGAUCCUGGAUGCCCUCUCCAGUUUGGAGCUUGAUGCAGGACUUUUGGCUGAGGUGCGACAGUCGGCUAUGAGCAUCGUGCCUGCUGUAAAACUGGAAGAUUUGCCUGUAGUAAUCAAGUUCAUUCUCCAUGACAUCGAAGCCGUGGCGGCAGUGGAGGUGAUUUCUACCCUUCGUGAGAACUUGGAUCUGUCGUCAUGUGUGUUACCUCCUCAGACACUGUCUUCCCAGAACAAACUCAAAAGCCAGCCACAAACAAGUUCCUCCACCAGCCAAGUGAGCAGUAGCCAGAACUGUGUCAAGCUCCUUUUUGAUGUGGUCAAGUUGGCGGUGCGAUUUCAGAAAGGCAUUUCUGAAGCGUGGAUUAAGGCUAUUGAGAAUGCUGGCUCUGCGUCUGACCACAAGGUUCUGGACCUGAUAGUUCUGCUGCUAAUCCACACUACGCACCCCAAGAGCAGGAAGCAAAUUGAGAGAGUGCUGAGAAACAAGAUUCCCCUGGGUUGUGUGCCAGAGCAGCUGGUACAGAGUGCCUUCCAAAAUCACUCGCUGGUUAUCAAGGACUUCUUCCUGUCAAUCCUGUCGCUGGCUCAGACAUUUCUGCACUCUGUGGAUCCAUGUGUUGUCUCCUUUGGCAGCUGCAUGUACAAACAGGCAUUUGCAGCCUUUGACUCCUACUGCCAGCAGGAGGUUGUGAGUGCUUUGGUGACCCACGUUUGCGGAGGAAGUGAGGCAGAAGUGGACAUUUCUCUGGAUGUGCUCAUGGACCUAGUGAGUCUGCAUACCUGCCCACUGAGGCGCUACACCACCUUCCUGAAGAACAUUUUAGACUAUACGGAGAAACUGAGUCCACAGCAAAUCCGGAAGCUCUUCUACAUUCUGGGCGAGCUGGCCUUCAGCCAGAGGCAGGAAGACAGCUAUCUGCAGGAUGACAUGCACAUGGUGAUCAGGAAGUGGCUGUCCAGCACUGUUCCUAAGUACAAGCAAAUGGGGAUUAUUGGUGCUAUUACCAUGGCAGGCAGCAUGGCAGCAAAGAGAAGUAAAGACGAUGGGCGUUUGCUGGAGAGAACGCCACAGAAUGAAGAGCAUGGCAGACAGCUCUCCGUCUUGCUCGAUCUGGUGAGCUACUGUUGCGAGCAAAGUUCCGAGGCCUUGGCUCUGUAUUACGAUGAACUUGCCAACUUGAUUGAGAAACAGAAAGGGAAUUUGGAUUUGCAAAUCCUGGACCGCCUUGGCAGCAGUGUCCUUGAGGACUUUUCCAAUGACUUUGUGGUGGAUCUCACGCCUGCAGUGGAUGGCGUUCACCUGUUCCCAGUAAAGUCCUUGUAUAACCUGGAUGAAGAUGAGAGUCAGGGAGCAAUUGUUAUCAACCUGUUGCCACUGCUGUCACAGAAGUGGGUUGGCAAGAGUGUUGAUGAAAUGGCACCUGGGAACCAGGGUAAGAAGGUAGCGUCUCCAGAGUGUCUGUCGCCCUCUUUCCGACUGCUGAGGCUGUACACGGCGGAGCAGCACAAUGGGAGCAUGGAGGAGAUCGAUGCCUUGCUGGGCUGUCCCCUGCACCUGACUGAGCUGGAGGUCGGAGGGAAGCUGGACUCCCUAGCCAAGCAGGAAAGGGAGUUCCUGUGCUCACUGCUGUUUCAUGCACUCAAUUGGUUCCGGGAGGUGGUGAACGCCUUCUGUCAGCAACAGGACCUUGAGAUGAAAGGGAAAGUUUUGGCGCGAUUACAAAAUAUUACGGAGCUACAGAAGGUGCUUGGAAGGUGCUUGGCAGCAAGCCCUGGCUAUGUACCUCCCCCUGCUAUCUUUGACUGUGAAGCUCUGGAAGCAGCAGCAUCCAUCAGUGUUGUUGGGCCAGUUAAAAAGAAGAAAACAGGAGGAAAAACCCCAAAAUCUGAAGAGAGCAAAGACUCCUCUGCAGACCACUCCCAAGGCGAGGAGAACCCUGAGGGAAAUCAGCCCGGAGCUGAGCCCACCCAGCUGGAGAAGGACCCUGCUGAAAAAAAGUCAGGGAUACCAUCCGUGCCACUGCAGAGUUACCGUGCAUUCUUCCGAGAACUAGACCUCGAGGUGUUCAACAUCUUGCACUGCGGACUGCUGACCAAAUCUAUUUUGGACUCCGAGAUGCACACGGAGGCCAGAGAAAUUGUACAGUUAGGGCCAGCAGAGCUUGCGUUCCUCCUGGAUGAUCUUUGCCAAAAGCUGGAGCACAUGCUGACACCAGCCGCUGCCAAAAGAGCCCCUUUCUUAAAGGGGAAAGGCGGUAGAAACAUUGGAUUCUCUCAUCUGGGUCGGAGGUCGUCUCAAGAAGUUGCCCAGUGUGCAGUGGAGCUGCUGAAACCGCUGUGUGAUCAUAUGGAGAACAUGCACAAUUACUUCCAGGCACUAGCUACAGAAAACCAUGGGGUGGUGGAUGGACCACGAGUGAACAUUCAGGAGCACCAGCUUAUGUCUGCCUGUUACCAACAGCUGCUGCAGGCCUUUCACCUGCUGUUUGCUUGGAGUGGAUUUUCUCAACGUGAAAAUAGUGACUUGCUGAGGUCAGCCCUCAAGAUUCUUGCAGACAGACUAAAGCCUGGAGAGACAGAAUUUCUUCUUCUUGAGGAUCUAAUCAGCGAGAGUUUUCACUACCUGCUGAAUUUCCAGCACAGUGUCCCCAGUUUCCAAGGGGCACUCACCCUCACCCAGCUCCUGAUGGUCAUUGCUGAAAAACCUGUGGCCAGCUGGAAAAAAGAGAAAAUAGCUUCCCUUGCCAAACGGUUCCUCUGCCAGUCGUGGGUGCAGCCUGGUGGCAUGCGAGAGAAGGGGAGCCAGUUCGGGGAUGCACUGCAUGCUCUGCUCUGUGUAUACAUGGAGCACACAGACAACAUCUUGAAAGCUGUGGAAGAGAUCUCCAGUGUCGGAGUCCCAGAGCUGAUGAAUUCUGCUAAGGAUGGAUAUUCUGCUACCUACCCCACGCUGACCAGGCAGACAUUUCCAGUUUUCUUCCAAGUGAUGAUGGCUCAACUGAAAGGCUCUUUAAGGCUGGAAUUCUGUGUUGUUACUCCCCAGGUACAGCUAGAGAAGCUGCUGCACUGGAACAUGGCCGUGCGGGAUUUCCAUAUCCUUGUUAACUUGGUCAAGGUGUUUGACAGCAGGCCUGUGCUCAGCGUCUGCCUGAAGCAUGGCCGCCUCUUUGUGGAAGCCUUCCUGAAGCUCGCCAUGCCUCUCUUGGACCACAGCUUUAAGCAGCACAGGGAAGAUGUGCAGAGUUUGCUGAAAACUCUGCAGCUGAGCACCAGACAACUUCAUCACAUGUGUGGCCAUUCAAAGAUUCGCCAAGACCUAGGACUGACCAAUCACGUGCCUUUAUUGAAAAAGUCGCUGGAGCAAUUUGUAUAUCGAGUCAAAGCCAUGUUAGCCUUCAACCACUGCCAUGAAGCGUUCUGGGUGGGCAUCCUCAAAAACAGGGACCUGCAGGGAGAAGAGAUCCUGUCUCAGGAGUCUGAAGAGAAUGACCCAGGGCAGGAAGUUUCCCAGCUCCCCAGCGAAGAUCCUGCUGAGGAGGAAGGGGACGCUUCAGGGAGCGAGGGUGGAUCUGACACCAAAGAUGAUGAUGAAGAGAGCUCCGAAUAGACUUUGCAGCCUCCCAGCAUGCUGUUAGCUCACCAUGGCACAGCUGCUUGUAUUGGCCAAAGCAAGCCAUGCCUGGCACAGCUGAACAGACUUUGCACCCAGCCACAUUGAAAGUCAGACCUAGAAGCGUUUUAUUUGUCCUUGCCUCCAGCCCCUCCAACACCCUUUUCCAGUGGAAUGCCUUCUCUGCUCUGCCGCUGCAGGCAUGGCCACUCUGGCUUUCUGUCUCGUGUGUUAGUUGCCAGGGUAAGAAGUGAUAUUUAUGGAAAGGGCCUGCCCCCUUGUACAGUAUGGACGAACCUCCCUCCCCUCAGCAGUCCAGUAGGGGCCUGGAUGCGCAUGCCCUUCUUACCUUCGCCCUUUCCUGGAAGGGAAGAAGCUUGUGGGGGUGGUUGGGAUGCAGGGAGGCUUCUCACCCUUGUAACUUACACACAGCUGCCUGUCUACUAAGGCACUGAAUAAACUGAAACCCCUGCCCUGGA